AUGACGCGCCCGGCGCCCACCACCACCCUGCACCACAUCGCCGUCCUCGCCCUCCUCUCCACGCGGCUGCCGACACUAGUCACGGCAGAGGACCUCGACGCCGAGGACGUCCCGCCCGAGUGCGCGGCGCUGUGCGCGCCGAUCGUGCAGUUGACGGAGCGGUGCGAGGCGCAGACGGAGGCGAGGUUCGGGGAUGUCGGGAAGAGAUGGGGCAGUUCGUCUACUCGCUCGGGGACGGCAGCGUCUUUGGAGAAGCAACGGAGGAGGAGGGCGAUGGGGAGGAGGAGGAGGAGGCAGGCGGAGAGCGAUUCCGACAGCGACAGCGAGGACGAAGGAGGGGGACCGCCGGCUGCGGUGGUCGCGGCGGCCGCGGCGGCGGAGAGGGAUUGUGUUUGUGGGGAGAGGGGGUUCGAUGUACCCGCGGUGAUGGGGUCUUGCGCGGUUUGUAUCGUGGGGAAUGUCACGGCUGUGGACGCGAAUGAAGUGCGGCUUCAACAUCCCUCCACCACCGCCGCCGCCGGCCUUCACCACGGCGCCCGCGGCCGCGAAUCCAGCCGCGCCGGUAUCGAGCGCGGGGAUCUCGACGUUGCCGCCGUUUUUGCUGGCACCCGAGAUAUCUUCUUCGCCAUCUUCAUCUUCAACGUCUUCCCUCUCAACCACGACAAUACCGCCGGUGGUGGUGGUGCCGACGCCAACACCCACCCAGCCGCCGCCCGCCGAGACUCCGGCCCCGCAGGUCCCGGCUUCGCCGACGCCGGAGCGGUCGAUUACGCCCGUGACGGUGUUCGAGACGCCUUCGUUCCGGACGCUGCCGAGUCUCGUUCUGCCGAACGAUUUCCCGCCUUCGAGGAGUGA